CGCGGGCGGCGGGCGCCUUCCGGGCCUCACCUGGCCUGCCCCCUCCGCGGCCGCCCCUGCAUGACCUGAGCACCUGAAAGCCAGUUCCUGUUCCCCAGCCCUCUCCGAGCAAGCGAGUACCCGAGGCGCGGUUUCUUAAUCAACUCACUGUAACUUUGACAAUGAUGGUAUUGUCACUAUAAUAAAUGGCACAGUCUGAAUAGUACUGGGAAAUCUAGGAUGUGUGGAAGUUAUGACAUGGAUUAUUCCUCAUGAUCAGUAAAGAGGCUUAGACAACUCUGAUGGUUCAUGAUGAUUACCUGGGAAACAGAGGAGAAACAGGUGACCAUGCUCUUCUGUGUGUCAGAAUCAACAACAUAGCAGUCGCUAUUGGAAAAGAAGCUAAACUCUACCUGUUCCAAGCCCAGGAGUGGCUAAACCUGCAGGAAAACAAUCAUGCUUAUAGUUGUAGUGAAAAAUUAUCCAGAGCUCAGCUGACAAUGACAUUGAACCAGACUGAACAUAAUCUGACAGUGUCCCAGAUUCCAUCUCCACAAACGUGGCAUGUGUUUUAUGCAGACAAGCAUACAUGCAAAGGUGACACGGAGACUUCUCAGGUGGAAGAUAUCCCAUUUGAAAUAGUGUUGCUAAACCCAGACGCUGAAGGGAAUCCAUUUGACCAUUUUAGUGCUAGGGAAUCUGGGUUACAUGAGUUCUUUUUCCUUCUAGUCCUAGUGUACUUUGUGAUUGCUUGCAUUUAUGCUCAAUCAUUGUGGCAGGCUAUUAAGAAAGGAGGACCCAUGCACAUGAUUUUAAAGGUUCUGACAACUGCAUUGCUGUUACAAGCUGCUUCAGCUUUAGCUAAUUACAUUCAUUUCUCCAGGUACUCCAGAGAUGGAAUAGGGGUACCUUUUAUGGGAAGUUUGGCAGAAUUUUUUGAUAUUGCUUCCCAAAUCCAGAUGUUAUAUCUACUCCUGAGUCUGUGCAUGGGUUGGACAAUAGUCAGAAUGAAAAAGUCUCAGAGUAGACCUCUUCAGUGGGACUCUACCCCUACAUCCACCAGCAUUGCAGUGUUCAUUGUCGUAACCCAGAGUAUUUUGCUACUUUGGGAGCAGUUUGGAGAUACCAGUCAUCAUAGCUCCCAUUCACACCACAGCCUAGCAGGGAUCCUUCUCAUCGUUUUAAGAAUUUGCCUGGCGCUGUCAUUAGGCUUCGGACUCUAUCAGAUCAUCGUGGUGGAGAGAAGCACCCUCAAAAGAGAAUUCUACAUCACAUUCGCCAAAGGCUGCAUCUUGUGGUUUUUAUGCCACCCGACUCUAGCGUGCAUUUCCCUCGUGUUUAGUGACUACCAGAGAGAUAAGGUUGCUACAGUAGGUGUUAUCCUUUGCCAGUCUGUGUCCAUGCUUAUUCUCUACAGACUCUUCUUAUCCCACAGCCUAUACUGGGAAGUUUCUUCGCUUUCCUCAGUAACCCUACCACUGACCAUAUCAUCUGUACACAAAAGUCGACCUCACUUCUGAUGGUUGUUGUUAAAAGAAAAAGUGAAUUGGUUAAAAGAGUGCAAUAAGGAUCCAAAUAUAGUGACUCUUUUUUCAUACAUUUGGUAUGAAAAAUCCAACAGUGAAAGUAAAGCAUGCUAUUUAUAUAACUGCAUUUAAGCAGUAUCAAAACUUAGAAAAGGUAAUGUGAAAUGUUUUGAAAUAUGCUUAUACAAUAAACUUUGAAGAAGGAGUGUUGUUAUAAGGUGACUGAAAGACUUUCCAUAUGUUAAUAAAUGUGAAAAAGUUAUAUGAUACUUUGGGAGGAUGUUCACUAUUUACUAUGCCACAUAUCCAUAGCUAACUCAGGUUUGAUAGUCUUUUAAACAGUAAUCAGUUUGGGCCGGGGAUUUAGCUCAGUGGUUCAGGUGCCUGCCUUGCAAGCGCAAGGUCCCGCGUUCAAUCCCUGGUACCAAAAAAAACAAAAAAAAGUAAUCAGUUAAAUGAUUACUUGCUGAUACAUAUCUAAACUAGUCCAGUUAGGAAAUCAGUAUAAUACACUGAUUUUAAAAACUGCUUGUUUUGCCAGAGAUUUAGCUCAGUGAUUCCACCGCCUGCCUCGCAAGCACAAGGUCCCGAGUUAGAUCUCCAGUACCCCCCAAAAAAAAAAAGCUGCUUGUUUUUGAUGCUUUCAAAGAAAUGCAUUUCAUAUUAGAAUUUAAAAAAUAGAAAUUAAAAUUACUUCAGGAAAUGAAUAUUAAAUGUUCCAAAUUAGAUGAAUAAGCUUUUAUUUGUGAGUGAGAUUAUUCUCCUUUUUUUUCUUCAUUUUUGGCACUAGUUCAGGUUUUAGCUUGACCAGCAAAGGAUUUUUGACAAAUAAUUUAUGAAAAAUAAAACUUAGGUACAUUACAAGGGUUGUAAGGACAAAGGAUUUUAAAAUCUGACCACUUAGGUAAAGGGACAAGUGGCUUUAUGUUUAAAAAGAAAGAAGGAAAAGGUACUAUGUGAUAUGCUGCUAAAGUUUUUAAUCCUGAUAUAAUUCAUUUCUCUUACAUUGAAUCCCCAAUCAUAAUUAAGCCAUAUACACAGAUUAAAUUAACAGAAGCAUUUCACAUAAAUGUUGGUUUCAGUCAUCAACUACCCAUGAAUUCCUGCCCAAGGAUACUUAAUCAGGAUUAAAUUUUCUGUGAAUAAUUGAAAAACAAAAUACUCACUGGAUUUGUUAUAAUCCAUGUUGGCACUGGAUUCUAAGUAGUUGCCAUCUUGAAUCCUUUGUAAUAAAGCCAUAUUUGUGUGUGUGUGUGUGUGUGUGUGUGUGUGUGUUUGAUGCCCCUGUAUUGAGUAUGCUAGUUAAAAACUGCUCUUAUCAAGUGCCUGAUUAAAGAUUGCUAUGUGCUUGUCAAUACCUGUUGUAUAAAAUGAGUAGGCCCACUAAUGUUUACUGAUUUGAAAUUACUGUGUUGCUGUUUGUCAAGUUGGUCAAACCUUUUUAUUUUUACCUGUGGUUUAUUUAAAACAUACUCUUUAUCUACUUGUUACAUUUUUAACAAAGAAAUGGUGCAAUGAUCCAGUAAUUAAGCCUUUUCGUUAGAUAGUUAAUGUAUUGCAACUUAAAAUUAUCUAUAACUUUUUAUUUUUCCCUUGCAUGUAGACUUGUUGGAAAUGAAGAGUAUUCUUAUUCAUUUUAAAGGCAAAAUGUAUGUGUCUGUGACUAGCAGAAUGGCAAAGGAACAGGUCAGCCUGCUGUUGAAAUGACCUGAUAGUUCUUUGAUUAUCAUUUAUCAAACAAAAGCUGCAGGUUAAGACUAGAAAGUUUGAGGUAUAUCUUAGGUUUAUAGCAUCUGGUGAGUGGUCAUAACCUUUUUGUUUUACUGUGUCUCACACGCAAUACCCAUUGAUGUCUGUUGUGUUCAACUGAGUUGCUUUUAAUUAGCUAAGAAGAGUAGCCUUUUCAUAAAUUUUGUGAACUUGCAGCAGUGGGAAAGAAAUAAGCUUUGUGUCAUUUUACAUGAAUAACAUAGUAAAUAUAAUCGAAAGGUAUGUUUGCAUUUAUGAAACUUAACAGAUUUCUGUAACCUGACUCUUUAAUGUAUGGUUGAAAUUGCUGGUAAUUUAUUUUGUUAUUGAAGAGCCAUUGUGAAAUGAAGGAAAACAAUUGUGAAUAAAUGCAUCAAACUAUCUUUGAUUAGCAAUCAGGGACAAAACUUACAGUG